GCCUUCUUCCUGCAUGUUGAGACAGGGCCACCCCGUCCGUCCGUACGGCACGGCGCGCACGGAACAAACGUGAAUCGCUGACAUUUAAGUGAAGCCGCCGCCCCCUUUUGCCCGCUCUCUUCUGUUUUCCUUUUUCAUGGAUUGACUGCGACAGCUGUCAAUGCGUGGUUCAUCUUCGUGAAGUUGGGACAACGCCGGAGUAAUGCCGCUGGCUCGCAGCCUGUCUGUCACAUCCCUGUCGGGACUGGAGGAGUGGGACGAAGAGUUUGAGUUGGAGGAUGCUGUUCUUUUUGAAAUUGCCUGGGAGGUUGCGAACAAAGUCGGAGGCAUCUACACCGUCAUCCAGACCAAAGCCCGUCUGACCGCGGAGGAGUGGGGAGAGAACUAUUUCCUGGUGGGUCCCUACGUGGAGAGCAAUGUGCGCACUCAGGUGGAGCUGAUCGAGCCCCCCAACCCCGCGCUGAAGCGAACCAUUGACAAGAUGAACGCCAGUGGCUGUAAGGUCUAUUUUGGCCGCUGGCUGAUUGAGGGCAGUCCUUAUGUUGUUCUAAUCGACGUUGCCUUCACCGCCUGGUCCCUGGACCGCUGGAAGAGCGAGCUGUGGGAACUCUGUGACAUCGGCGUGCCCUGGUUCGACCGUGAGGCCAACGAUGCCGUGUUGUUUGGCUUCCUGACAGCUUGGCUUCUUGGAGAGUAUGUCGCCCAGAGCGAGGAUCCUCCACAUGUUGUCGCCCAUUUCCACGAGUGGUUAGCCGGUCUGGGCCUGGUGUUGUGUCGACACAGACAGCUGCCUGUUGCAACCAUCUUCACCACCCAUGCCACACUGCUGGGACGCUACCUGUGUGCUGGAAAUGUGGAUUUCUAUAACAAGCUUGCAGAGUUUAAUGUAGAUAAGGAAGCCGGCGACAGACAGAUCUACCAUCGCUACUGUCUGGAGCGAGCGGCUGCACAUUGUGCCCAUGUCUUUACCACAGUGUCACAAAUUACAGCCAUUGAGGCAGAACACCUGCUCAAGAGGAAACCAGACGUUGUCACUCCCAACGGUCUCAAUGUGAAAAAGUUCUCAGCUGUGCAUGAGUUUCAAAAUCUCCAUGCUCAGAGCAAAAAUCGGAUCCAAGAGUUCGUCAGGGGACACUUCUACGGGCACCUUGACUUCAACCUGGACAAGUGCUUGUUCCUUUUCAUAGCUGGAAGGUACGAAUUCUCCAACAAAGGAGCCGACAUCUUCUUGGAAGCUUUAGCCAGACUCAACUAUCUACUGAGAGUCAACCACAGCGAUGUGACGGUCAUUGCGUUCUUCAUCAUGCCUGCUCGGACAAACAACUUCAAUGUGGAGACGCUGAAAGGCCAAGCAGUCAGGAAGCAGCUCUGGGAUACAGCUCAUACUGUGAAGGAACGUUUCGGAAAGAAGCUCUAUGAGUCUCUUCUAGUUGGGCAGCUGCCAGAUGUGUCGAAGAUGCUGGACAAGGAGGAUUUCACCAUGAUGAAGCGUGCCAUUUUUGCGACUCAGAGACAGUGCCAGCCUCCGAUCUGUACCCACAACAUGCUGGAGGACAGCAGCGACCCAAUUCUCAACUGCGUCCGCCGCAUCGGCCUUUUCAACAGCUCAGCGGACCGAGUCAAGAUUAUCUUUCAUCCAGAGUUCCUGUCAUCCACCUCCCCUCUACUUCCAAUGGAUUAUGAGGAGUUUGUAAGAGGAUGCCACCUCGGCGUCUUCCCCUCUUACUAUGAGCCUUGGGGCUACACACCAGCUGAGUGCACUGUCAUGGGAAUUCCUUCAAUCUCUACCAACCUGUCGGGGUUCGGCUGUUUCAUGGAGGAGCACAUAACAGACCCAACAGCCUAUGGCAUUUACAUCCUGGAUCGGCGGUUCCGGGGGGUCGACGAGUCGUGUAACCAGCUCACUUCGUUCCUGUUCCAGUUCUGCAAGCAGAGCCGGCGCCAGCGGAUUAUCCAAAGGAACCGGACUGAGCGCCUGAGUGACCUCUUGGACUGGAGAUACCUCGGCAAGUAUUACAUAUCUGCCCGUCAUAUGGCCUUGGCUAAAGCCUUCCCUGACACCUACCUGUAUGAACCUCAUGAUCCCACAUCGACUACAGGUUUCCGUUACCCCCGACCAGCUUCGGUGCCCCCAUCUCCGGCUCUGUCCCGCCACUCCUCCCCCCGUCACAGCGAGGCCGAAGACAAUGACGAAGACGAGCGCUAUGACGAGGAUCUGGAGGCAGAAAAGGACCGAGUGAACAUCCGUCAGCCCUACUCCAUGCCGUUCAAAAACAAACCGUCUGCUGCCAACGGAGCCAACGAGAGCAGUGAUGGUGAUGGAAGCGAGAAAAACUAAGAUGGGCCCACGCACACAUACAGUACAUGCUACACCUCACUAGUGAAACUUUAUCUGUGGCAGUCGUUGAAGUCAUCCAUGUACUUGCAAAUAAGUGCAGUUGUGUGAGUACACCCAAUGAAUUUGAUAUCGGCAUGUUGUGAAAAAUUGUAUCACUGUCAGUGUCUUCCCAACCUGUGUGUACCUCAGACUUUUUACAAAUAUCCGUCAGUUUCGGCAUUGUUUCAGUUACACCAGCAGUGCAGCCAGUGAUAUGCUUUAGGGGAUAAAUGUAGCAGCUAAGAAAGAGUGACAGCUCAAUCUGAAGAAAAAAAUCAGGAUUGCUGGAUUGUAUAGUGUACUAACACUGGAUAACAUAGGUCUAAAGCAUUGGAAAAACUAACAGGAUUAUUAUAAGUCUCUGGAAAUGGGUUUUAUACUUAAUUCAAAGGUGAGUCAGAUCAGGGAAUACAACAAAACCCUCCUUUCUACCAGCUUGUCAUCUUAAUGCAUUUAAAGCAGAAUUUUUUCCUUUGAAAAGUCUCACGUAAAGACAUUAGAGUCGGCAUCUGUUCUUGUGUCUCACUUCUUUUGACGAUACAGUGUUUCAAACACAAUUGUCCACCUUGUUGUAGCCUCUUUCUUUCUUUCAUAUGUGUUGUUUACUGCAAAACUUCCCAGAAUGGAAAUAAGACGCAGAACACACACAUGCACAGGUACCAUCAGAAAAAAAAAUUCUGUCCUUUUGAGAAUAGCAUCAGCAGGUGUGUGUUUUUCAUUUCGUUUCUGUGCCUUAUUGUGUCAGUGAUGAUUGCUGGUGAACAACCUCAUACUCCUACAGUGUGUGUGUGUGUGUGUGGAGAUGGUUUAAUCUCAGUUUUCUUGUAUUUAUUUGUGAAAGGAAACAAGGUGGAAAAAACAGGACUGUGUUCUGAGAUGGUAUCUGUUUUUUGAGGUGGCAAAUCUAAGAGAAAGGGCUACAGAAGGAGCUAGAGGACAUCUUUAAUAUGUGGAAAAAGGUUUUACCAGGCGUUUACUCACUACUCCCUGUAAGAGUUGUAUCAUUUGCUCCGAUCUUGCACCAGAUGAACUUAUAAUAAAAUUGAACAAAUAUA